CUUUUUACAGUGACAGAGUUGCGUACCGUGUUUCGUGCUGUUGAUUUUGUGUUAUCCGUUUUGUAACCUUUAUAAUAUUAUAUUUUGAAUUCUUUUGAACAACAAAAUGUCCGUAAAAAAGUGUCUGAUUAAAGUGUGUUCAAACACAAGUAUUAAUUCGCCUGAUAAAAUAUUCUUAUCAGUUCCGUUAGAUCUUGACACGAGGAUUCUUUGGUACCAGGCUGCAAGUGUUGAAGGUCCCAUUCCUACCACUAUGUUAUACUGUUGUGAAGAUCAUUUUGAUUUGGCAGAUGAUGCAGAAAAUUGGCAAUAUUACAAGACAAUUGGGCAGAGGUUACGACUAAAACCCGGCGUGAAACCACACAGGAACCUGUCAGUUCAGAGUUUAGGUACGUCCCAAUUAGGUCCACCAUCAAAAAAGAGGAAAGCUGAGAUGUUAGAAACAUUAGGAAAAAAGCUUCACUGCAAGAGAAAACCAAGGGCAAAAUUAUUUGAUGAAUCGCAGCCAGGUAUAUGCAGAGAUCUGCAUCAUGAUGAAUCUUGCCAGCAAAACUCGAGUUUGCUACCCCUGAAGAAAGCAACCAAAGGAGUCCAAGUUUUAGUUGAUACGAAAACAGUGUCAACCAGCACACUACCUCAUACUGCAGAAAAGGCUGUUGCCACUAGUCAUCCCAAACGAAAACAGUUGGUUGAAAAGUGCACAGGGAUUUGUAGUGAUAGCACUAAUGGCUCAAGUGGUAGUUCCUCCCUGCAGCUAUCGAGCACUUCAUCAGAAAGCAAUGGAGCAAGACUGAAGACAUCAAAAGAGGAACUAGAAAUAUCUAAAUUAGAGAACAAUAGUCGGUUUUUCUUAGGUUUGCCUGAAGACUGUUUCUAUAUUGUAAAUUUAUUAGUUGAAGAAGGUGGACUGGAUUACAUUGAUGUUUUGAUCACAAUGAAAAAAAUUAGGACAAAUGAUCAGUUUUCAAGAAUAGGAAUUGAUUUUGGUAAAAGCACAAGUGCCAUAUCUAAAAUUUUUAAUAAAACUGUUGUAGUAAUGGCUCCUUUAAUGACACAGUUGAUUGUUUGGCCUCCCAGUUGGAAAAUCAAAAAAUUAGUACCAAAUCAAUUUAAAGCCUAUUACAACAAUGUACAAUCAAUUAUUGAUUGCUUUGAAGUUGAAAUUGAAAAACCUUCAAAUGCACUGGAUCAGGCUAAAACAUGGAGAAAAUAUAAAAAGUGUAAUACUAUAAAGUAUCUUGUGAGUUGUACUCCUAAUGGGCUGAUAAACUUUAUUUCUAGUGGGUUUGGAGGACGUACAACUGAUGUACAAAUUGUUGAGAAGUCAGACUUCAUUAAUGUGAUACCAGAAAACUGCAUAAUAAUGGCAGAUAGAGGUUUCAAACACAUAGAAACUAUACUGCAUAAAAAAAGCGCAUCAUUAUUAAGACCUCCAAGCAUUAGUGCGAAACAAAAACUCACCAAAGCAGAAGUUAAUAAAACUAAAAUAAUAGCUGCUUUGAGAGUUCAUAUUGAACGGCUCAUAAGGAGACUCCGUGAAUUUGCUAUGUUAAAACCACAUGCCUGUAUACGGUCCAGAAUAGUCCACCUCCUAGACCAUGUGGUGAUCAUUGUGUGUGGUUUAGUAAAUUUACAAGAAUGGCUCAUCAAGAAAUAAGUAUUAUUGCCAUGCAAGUCUUGUUUUUUCUAUAUUUUAAUAGUACAUAACUGCAAGUGCAAGAUUGUUUUGUGGUAUAUUAAUACUAACACAGUGAAUUUCUUAGCUACACAUUGUGCACAUACAUAAAGCUAAGUAUGAAUAAUUUUGUAAAACACCAAUUUUUCCUUUUGUAGGCUAAAAUACUUGUAUAGGACUUAUUUGAGGCUGUUCUUUAUAUAAUUUUUUGGAGUAUCUGUAAUUUUUUAUUCUCCUUUACAACACAUUAUCAUUUAGAAACCUCAAAAUAAAUAAAUUACUCGAAUUUACCAACACUCUAUGACAUAAAAAUAACUAAUUAUUUAGUAAAGUGUAUACUUUGUGUAUUAAAUUUUUGAUAAGCUUAUUAGAUCAACAAUGUUAUGGAAUUCAGGAUUAUUUUAGCUGGUCAGCUGGUGGUAUAUAUCAAUAUUUUUGUUCAUCUACAAAUACAAUAAAACAUUUGCAGCUACCUACUAAUGUAAAUAGUUAAAAAAACAUUUCAUGAAUAAAAUACUUUUUUAAAACAU